AUGGAAGAUUUUGUGAAAUGUCUUUUCUGCGAAAGAGAAAACACCAAGCAAGAUGAAUUCCUGGAUUUGCCGCUGGCCAUCAAGAAGUUUGGUGCCGCAGAUCAUUUCAAAAGCGUGGAGGAAGCUCUUCACGCAUUUAUCAGACCGGAAAUUUUGGGUGGUAGCAACCAGUAUUUCUGUGAUGGAUGUAUGAAGAAGCAAGAUGCUCUCAAGGGUUUGCGUAUCACCAAGUUCCCGUAUCUGUUAUCCAUACAACUCAAACGAUUUGAUUUUGAUUGCCAGACGCUGCAUCGUGUCAAAUUAAAUGACAAGUAA